AUGAGCUCAACUGACCUACCACCACUGUUGAGGCUUCCACUACACACUAUAGCCCACAUUCUUUCUGAAUCCAACACUAUCCAAGAACUUAAGCCUAUUAUCUUGAGCCACUCCAUCUUCCGAGAUGCUCUUCGGGAGAACCUUCAUUUAGUGGCUGGCGCCAUCGUCACGCGCCAGGCGCCAGAUGGGACCCUUCCAUUUGUAACCGCUCUGGUAUCAUCGCAGAGGCCAUCGAUAUUCGAGCCUGAUGCUGCCAAGCAAGUGUUGAGAUGCGUGACAUCGUCGCCUACCUUGGGUCUAUCGAUGGCAGAAUAUGCCUAUAUGAGUAAAAGCUGCUCCUCUGCUGACAUCAUUUGCAAACAAAUGGCGACAGAGUUGCUAGCCUUCCAGUGCCAGGAACUAGGCACUAAUCGGCGAGACCGCGCCUUUCCCCAGGAGGAGUUUCGCGUCUACCGAGCCGUCUUUCGUUAUCAGCUCAUGUGCAACUUAUUUUGUCAUCAACUUUGCUCUACCAGCAAUACAGAAUCCAGGCCACGAUUUGAAGACGAGAACCUCAAACACUUGUUCUUUUCUUCAUUCUCACCUUGGGUCAACGAGGAACUCUCGUGCGUUUUCGUAUUUCUGCGACGCAAAGCAGCUCAAGGUAGGGACAUUUUCUGUCUUGACCAUUCCUCAACCAGCUAUAGCGACGGUUUUAACAAAUCUUCCCCUACAGCGUAUGAUGAUAUUCUCACACACGAUGUUACACUCUUUCAUCAUGAGAUUGAAGACAAUCCGGAUCUCAACUUCAUUAGCCAAAUUCAUUGGAUGUUAUGCAUGGGGCUUCCAUUCCUGAGUUAUAUAGUCUCAGGGGGCACUCUUCGGGCCUCAGGCAUUCCUCAGUUUUCCAAGGGACUACCUGCGACAAGAGCCUACAACCCACAGACGAUCCUCUUAUGCUCGAGACUAAAACCGGAAGAACUCACCCUCAACCCACCCCUCCGGCACGGAGCGCUCAAACUGCAAGAAUGGUCGAGUGCGCAAAUUUCGCAACUCGACCCACGAAGACGAAGAGACCCUCAGACGAGCUCGUUUCAUGCAUGGAUGGCUGCCCAUGUCAAAUCUCCCAUCUCCCAAACCGUCUUCUGCGAUGCUGAUUCAAACCUAUGGCUUAUUGGGUACGUGUUGUGGAGGAUUCCAGACACAUCGCCUGUUCUGUUGCAGAAGAUGUAUGCUGCUCUCAGACGGGAGCAGUCACUCUUCCCGCGGCGUGGCCCAGAAUGGGGAGAGGAUGACCGCGUGCGAUCAAGACGGCAACGAAUGGAUAUCUUUCUUGCCCGCGGCCUUGGUUACUGGCCUCGAGGGGGUGGUGAUUGGAGCCAGAUACGGGGGUUGUCGGAGUCCCAGAAGGAAGCGCUUGAGGCCAAAUGGUUACGUGAAGGGGUCACCGAACCUACGGGUGAGCGUUAG